UUCUGUGAGAGCUCGAACAAUGGAACAUAUUUUUUGUUGUCUGCAUGUUCCUUUCUUUAAAACUAAUAAUCAUUUUUUUAAGUGGUUAUGUUUGUAAUAAAUAAACUAAUCAAUCAUUAAUACUUUUUGUGCAAAUACAGAAAACUUCCCAAUUCUUUGGCUACCUAUAUAUUAUUCAUAAAAGUGGUGUGCUUUGAAUUCCAUUCUUUUAUUUUUUUGAAAAAAUCAACACUCUAACCCUGUUUCAUAAACUUUGACACAAGAUUCAAAUUCCACUCAAUCUCGUCUCUCAUUCACAACUCCAUACAUAAAUUUCCAAAGUUCAAAUCCUUGUUCGAAUCUUCUUCUCCCAGGAAAAGAAGGGAGUAUAAAUAUUUUCAAAAUAAAACAAUAAAUUGGAAGAGACUGAAUUCAAUUCUGCUAUGGUACGCCGCAUCCAUCACUAUCACCAAGACCAAAAUCACCGACUCUGCUCAUCUAUCUGUCUGUAUACUGAUGUGCAGGUCGAAGAAGAGCACCGAUGUAGUCGAACCCGGUGGGAGUAGUGCCAUACAGCGAACCCCGCGAGCCUCCCGAUCGUCGCGGCCGUCGUCAGCUGAUGACCCCUCGUCGUCUUACAAUCUCAUCAGUAACAAUUUCACGACCAGCUCAAGCUACAAAGGCUCCUCUUACUCCUCCUUUUCGAGCUCGGCCUCCCUAGCCGGAAUCAAAGCCUCGUUGCCGGAUAAUCCCCAUAUUUACGAGUUCUCCGAGUUAUCCUCCGCUACCGGAAACUUUCUGAGGAAUCGAUUUUCCUCUUCUUCUUCGUCCUCGUCUUGGCGGUGUUCUCUGCGGGGAAAAGAAGCAAUCGUUUUCCAGAGGAAGUUUCGCCGUCCAAUUGAGUCCCCGGAGCUUCAGAUCCGGCUUUCGACGAUUUGCCGGAGCCACCAUAAUAGCUUAAUCAAGCUUCUUGGCGCAUCCAUCUCUGGAAAUUACAUCUACCUCGCUUACGAAUUCGUUCGCGGAGCGAACCUCGCCGAUUGUCUUCGAAACUCUAAAAACCCUAGCUUCACGAUUCUCUCGACCUGGCUCUCACGAAUGCAGAUCGCGACAGACCUGGCUCACGGCCUCGAUUACGUCCACCAUUGCUCCGGAUUGAGGUCCAAUUUCGUCCAUAACCACAUCAAGACCUCUAGCAUCGUCAUCGUCUCCGACGAAUCAAUGAACGCGAAGCUCUGCCACUUCGGUACAUCGGAGCUCUGCGGAGAGAUCGAGAGUGAAGUGGUCACCGAUUCAGAAAAUUCCCGGGAAAUAGAGAGUGAAAUCACAGUAAAAAAAACAGACAGUUCGAGCAGCAGUAAAAAGAAUCUGAAGAAGUCGAGGAGCCGGGCAUUGAAGGUGGAAGGUACGAGAGGUUACAUGGCGCCGGAGUUUCAGUUAACGGGUACUCCGACUCAGAAGUGCGACGUCUACGCAUUCGGAGUGGUGAUCCUGGAGCUUCUCUCCGGGGAGGAGCCAUUGAAGUACCGUUUGGAGGAAGCUUACGAUGGUGGUUAUCGGCGCGUGAGCGUGAUUGAGACGGCGCGUGCUGCGGUGGAAGGUGGGGAGUUGAGAAAGUGGGUCGAUAGGCGGAUGAAAGACUCGUACCCAGUGGAAGUAGCGGAGAAGAUGAUUCGGGUCGGGUUGGAUUGUGUAGAAGGUGAUCCGGCAAAAAGACCGGAUAUGGGUCGGGUUGCUGGAUUGGUUUCGAUGCUGUUUCUGGAGUCCCAGAAUUGGGCAAAAAAAAUUGGGAUGCCUACUGACUUUUCGGUUUCAUUGGCUCCUCGUUGAGUUAUUUCACUCAUUUUGGAUUGAAAAGUGUUCAAUUUUUGCCCUUAUAAUAUACAUUUGAUUCAUUUGUUUUGUA